UCACAAGUACAACCAAACUGUGAGCGACGAGUGACGAGCGACGGCGAGGCAAGAGGAAGGAGAGAGAGAGAGAGAGAGAGAGAGAGAGGAGGAGGAGGAGGAGGACCUGGAGGAAGACGAAGAGGAGGAGGAGGACGAACUCCAACGACUGUUACUUCGGGUUUUACUUCUUUGACAGCGACGACAGCAAGGGUUGCUCUCCUUCUCCUCUCCCUUUUUGCCGCGAAAGAAGCCCUAAUCACCAUUUCCGUUUCUGAUCCGUUGCUUCUUUUAAAUGGAAGAUCUGCCGAUUUGUACUGCCCCUGUAAUGGUCCAUCCGCUAUGGAAAUUUGAAGAAUCCGUGACCGAAUUGGUGGUUACAUUGAGCUUGCUGGGAUCGGAAAGUUAGGGCUUGUUUCUUGCUUCGCCCGCACUUUACUUUUUCGUUUGACGUCAGUGUAACUUAUUUUCCUUGCGAGUUUGUGCCCACACUAUGAUAUCACAACUAUUGGCAUACCCAGGCCUACCGAGAACCUUGGCAUCGUGAGACGCAGGUCGACCCCCAGAUCCAGACCGUAACUCAGUUGAGUCUGGGCUGAAAAGAUCUAGUGUUUCAUCAAGAGCUAGACAAUGGGGUUCAUCAUCUUCCACUUAUAAGGAUUUUCUUCGGAAAUUUGUGGAUAGUGAAAUUUUGACAGCAAACCUUGAAGAUUGGCUUUCAGGAAUGUCUGACGAAUCAGAAUUCAGGAAGCCAACUUUUGAUGUUCCAUUCAAACUUGGAGAACUCCAAAAUUUUGAUUAUGCACUUGAAGGUGUUUCAUUUCAGCAGUUGAUACGAAUGCCUAGCACUGUCUAUGCAUCAACAUCUGAUGUGGUGGAAGCUACAGUACAUCUUGCCGUUGAAGAUUUCUUACAUGCUAGUGUGAAGGGAUUGUGGGAGAUUUUUUGGAGUCAUGAUGAACCAGUGCCUUUCUCAGUGGCCUGUAUACACAGCACAAGUUCGAAAUUUUAUCCUGCUGAAAAGGCUAUUGCUAGAGGAAAACUUGAAGGUAUUUGUGCGACUGCUAUUUUGCAACAAAGCAGUAGGGAUUACCAUGGGAAAUGGGAUCAAAUUGUUGAGUUGGCUUUAUUGAGGCCUGAUGUCGGUAUCUUAGUGCAGAAUGAUCAGUGGCCUUCUUCAUCGAUUCUUGGAGAAGCACUUUUCUUUGCACUCCGUGUGUUGUUAGCCAGAAGCCUUAGCAAGUCAUCCACUGUGUCCCAUAACGCAAACUGUGUAUUUUUGCUUCUUGUUGAUUCACAAUAUGGUGGCGUAGUAAAAGUCAAAGGUGAUGUUAGUAGGUUAGAUUUUGAUGGCAGUGAUGUCUAUGAAUCUGCUACAAAAUGGAUUGAGAAGCAUGCAAAAGUCUCAGUUUCAACAGUUGAUCGCAUCUGGAACAAGCUUGGGAAUGCCAACUGGGGUGAUAUUGGAACUCUACAGGUUCUUCUUGCAACCUUUCAUUGUAUGAUUCAGUUUUGUGGUAUGCCAAAACAUCUACUUGAGGAUUUGGCCACAGAACAUAGUUCUCGUCUCCAGAAUCGUAGAAGUGAAAGGCAAUUAGUUGAUGUGCAUGCUAAUGGUACUGGUUUGUUCCAUUUCCAGAAACGAAGCCAUUCCCCUGAAAUUGUAGAAAUCCAGGAAGAAUCUGUAAAACUUAAUUCUGAAGAAUCUCUGAAGCUAGAAAAAGGAUCAGUUGUAUGGAUGGAAGACUCAGGGGCUCAGAAGGGUUUUGAGAUUGUUGAAAUAAUAAGAGAUAGUGAUGUUCGAAUCUAUAUCGUCACUCCUGUAGAAGAACCGGGGGAGAAAUUUAUGCUUUAUGUUGGUUCAGUUACUUCUAAUUUAGAAUCUGCUUGGGAGGACAUGGAUCUGUGGUACCUGGUUCAAAGACAAACUAAGGUGUUGACUCUAAUGAAACAAAGAGGUUUAGCCAGUCAGUAUCUUUCUCAAAUUGUUGCAUCUGGAAGAAUGAUUCACUCUGGCCAGUGUAACAAAUCAGCUUUAGGUGGAAUUUGCAGUCACCCUUGGUGUGGUACCCCAAUCCUUGUGAUCUCUCCUGUUGGCGAGACUGUUUCUAAUUUGACAAGAAAUGGCUUAUUUGGACCUGAAAAAGCUCUCAGAUGUUGUCAUGAUUGCUUAUCUGCUUUGGCAAUUGCAUCGUCAGCCGGAAUAAAACAUGGUGACAUCCGUCCAGAGAAUGUGAUCCUUGUGAACAAUGGCAGGAGGCAUCCAUUCUUUUGCCUGAUUGGUUGGGGUCAUGCUGUUCUUGAAGAUAGGGAUCGUCCAUCGCUGAAUCUUUUCUUUUCCUCCACAUACGCUCUACAAGAAGGAAAGCUGUAUGCUUCAUCUGAUGCAGAAAGUCUCAUCUACUUGCUAUACUACUCAUGUGGUGGAGAAUUUCCAGAGCUGGAUUCGGUUGAAUCUGCACUCUACUGGAGAGAACAAUCUUUGUCAAAAAGGGUCAUACAACAGAAGCUUGGGGAUAUCUCAGCCGUCCUGAAAGCUUUUGCUGAUUAUGUCGAUACACUAUGUAGAACUCCUUAUACCCUCAAUCACGACAUAUGGUUGAGGAGGUUGCUAAGAAGCAUUGACGAAGAUCAUGGUAAAGAAAUCAGCACGUCAAACUAAAUUUUCAAGGCAACCAAUUGGUAGGUGACCCAUCUCUCUCACGGUAGUGGCGACAUGUACUGUCCAAGUGUUACUCGUGGCUAGCUUCUUUAUCGAGCCAAUAGGUAUUUUCCACCAAAACAAAGCUCUGCCUUGUCGUCAUUUUUUGCACACGAUUUAGUUAGUUUGAUUUGCUUCACAUAUUUGCUCGAAUUGUUGUGUUCCAGUCACUACCACCAGCCCAAUGCCCUUGUCAUCCGACCAACGCGAUCUCUGCGUGGUUUCGGAAACAACCUCUUGCAGUGAUUUCAUCUGUUUCUCAUUGUUUUUACACUGUAAUAUUUGUAGUGGCUUAGUCCCAACGACUGUCGUCUCCAGUUUCAACAGCACGUUGACCUUCCUGUAA